AAGUAUACAAAAAAAAACAAAGUAUACGAAAUUGAAAGACCCAAUUUCUCUUUAUGCUGAUCGGUUCAAUUGGAGUGAAGGUACCAUUCAUCCAUCAUAAUGCAACAUCGUUUAUUGCUGGCGCUCGGCUUGUGUUUGCUGAUUGGCAGAGCGCAGGCGCAGCUGAUUGGCGGCGAGGAGGACGAGGAAGAGGAGGAAGAGGAGGAGGAGGAGGAGGAGAGUGUCGAGGAUGAGACACCCGAAGAGAAAUUACAGCGCAAAAACAUCAAGCAGGACUCCAACCUAACUGUGGAUAAAUUAAUUGCCAAAUACGGCUACCAGGCGGAAGUGCAUCAUGUGACCACAGAGGAUGGCUACAUUCUAACAAUGCAUCGCAUACGGAAAACGGGCGCCCAGCCCUUUCUGCUGCAGCACGGACUCGUCGACAGCUCGGCGGGCUUCGUUGUGAUGGGCCCCAAUGUGAGUCUGGGCUACUUGCUGGCCGACCACAACUAUGACGUUUGGCUGGGAAAUGCGCGCGGCAAUCGCUACUCGAGAAAUCACACCACUCUCGAUCCGGAUGCCUCGAAGUUCUGGGACUUCAGCUGGCAUGAAAUAGGCAUGUACGAUCUGCCGGCCAUGAUCGAUUAUGUGCUUAAGUUGACCGGCUAUAAGAAACUGCAAUACGCCGGACACUCCCAGGGCUGCACGGCUUUCUUUGUCAUGUGCUCGAUGCGACCGGCCUACAACGAGAAGGUCAUCUCCAUGCAGGCCAUGGCGCCGGCUGUCUAUGCCAAAGAAACCGAAGAUCAUCCCUAUAUACGUGCCAUCAGCCUGUAUUUCAAUACCCUGGUAGGCAGCUCCAUAACCGAAAUGUUCAAUGGUGAAUUUCGCUUUCUCUGUCGCAUGACCGAGGAAACGGAACGACUUUGCAUCGAGGCUGUCUUUGGCAUAGUGGGACGCAAUUGGAACGAGUUCAACAGGAAAAUGUUUCCCGUUGUUUUGGGCCAUUAUCCGGCAGGCGUGGCCGCCAAGCAGGUCAAGCACUUUAUACAAAUCAUCAAGAGCGGCAGAUUCGCACCAUACAGCUACAGUUCGAACAAGAACAUGGCAUUGUAUAGGGAGCACUUGCCGCCGCGCUACAAUCUGAGCCUGGUGACGGUGCCGACUUUUGUUUAUUAUUCAAGCAACGAUUUGCUGUGUCAUCCGCACGAUGUGGAGGCCAUGUGCGAGGACUUGGGCAAUGUGACUGGCAAGUAUUUGGUGCCGCUCAAGGAGUUCAACCACAUGGACUUCCUCUGGGCUGUGGAUGUACGCAGGCUGGUCUACGACCGCAUGCUGCAAGUGCUGGGCAAGCAGCCGCUGCCAACGCCCCAGCUGGCGGCCAGGGAUGUGGAGGGCGAGGUCAAGGGCCUGAGGAUACGAGGGCGUGCAAUUGGCCUACAUGCCAAAUGAUGUUCAGUGCUCGUCCAGCAGCAUAUCUAAUAUUUAUUUAUUUAUUUUGCCUUUGUUGUGUAGCUUUAAAUAUGGAAUAGAUAUUUGCAUAAAACUGUGCGUUUUUAAAUAUGCAGCAGCUCCGGCUCGACCGGAAACGGAAGUCAAAAGUUGUUUCUUUCAGCUGACAAUGACUUGGCCCACAAAGCUGUAGCAGAUUUUCCAAGAAACCAAGCAACAGCAACAGCCGUGGAAACAACAAGUACAUGCAUUUCUAAGCAGAUUUCCUUGAGGAAAUUUUCUAUUUUCCUAAGCACAUGCCAUUUUCUCAACAGCUGCUGCUGCUGCGGCUCGUGUUGUUGUUGUUGUCUAGUGAGUGACUUUUCUCUCGGAGCUGCUUAUGCUUUCAGGCCAAGCAACUCUUGACAUUUGCAUUUCAGUUCACCCGGCCAUCAAAAAUAAGUGAAAAGCUGUGUUCAAGGCGUGAAAACUGUAUUU